UUGGCGUCAGUUUGACAUAAAUGGAAAUGGUUUUUCUUUUCAUCCGUCUAUCUUUAUUCGUUUGAUUAAUAGGAAAUUGUGAGAUAAUAUUGUUGCAAUAAACCUAAUGAUUUAAUUUCGUUCGAAAACAAAAAUAAUUAGCUUUAUUAUGCUCAACAAAAUUAUAACGUCAUGAAUGAUAACAGUCAGGCUCAGAGUUCGGCAAACACAAACAGCUGUAUGUCGUGAGUCAGUGGAAACCUACGCAGCAAUUAAGUCGACCGCCAACGUCAAGUGAGCGGAAACGUCGUGCGAGAUCGGUUAUUGUUUUUUAGUUAUUUAGACGCGCUCGGGGCGUGUUGCCGUCGCGUGUCGCGCCGCGAUGAGCUCCGCGUACACUCCGCCGUAAAUAUACCCGCUGUGUUCGUUUUUCUACUAGUUUUGUAUACAAACGCCAGUGUCAGUGCAGUGCUAAACGAUGGCGCGACUCACUGAAGAAAUGGUGAUCGCGCGCUCGAAGCAGUCGGACCUCAGCGCGAUCAAGAAGCUCAACUGCUGGGGCGCGGAGCUCGGAGACGUCAGCCUGCUGCGGCGGAUGCCCAACGUGGAGGUGCUCGCGCUCAGUAUAAACAAGAUCCGCACGCUGGGCGACUUCGCGGGCUGCCGGCGGCUGCGCGAGCUGUACGUGCGCAAGAACGAGAUCAACGACCUGCACGAGAUCCGCCACCUGCGGCACCUGCCCGACCUCACCAGCCUGUGGCUCGACGAGAACCCCUGCACGCAGCAUCCGCAAUACAGAAUGACAGUGCUUAGGAAUCUACCGAACUUAGAGAAGUUAGACAACGUGCUGGUGCAGCCUGAUGAAGUUCAGGAGGCGAUGCGGCGCGGGCUGCACAUCCCCGACUCCGACGACGAGGGGUAUCCGCAACAGCAAGAGAGCUACGGUCAGUACCGGCGGCAGCGGUCGUGCGAGUCCAGUCCCGAUCGCGAGCCCGACUACUACACGCGUCCGACCAGGCACGAGGGCAGCGACAGCUCGGAGGCCGGCGUCGAACCCGAGCCCGCGCGCGUCGAGCCGCCGCCGUGCCCGGCGUCGCCGCCGCGGCGCGUGCAGGCGGCCGCGUCGCCCGACUCGGACGAGCGCUACGACCACCCCGCCAUGACGCGCUCGCACUACGACGCGCGUUCGUCGGCGCGCUCACCCGACGCCUGCUCCAUGUCGCUGCGACACUCGCUCUCCGCACACAGCGUCAAGGAGUACGCGUACGGAACCAACGGCGAGUGUCGCUACAGCGGCGCGCCCGCCUCGCCGCCCUACGACCCGCCGCCCUGCGAGAGGAGCGACAGGUCGGAGUCCCUCGGUCAGAUGUCGCAGCGCGGCAGCGGCGAGGCGUGGGAGCGAGAGCGGCCCGAGCGCGAGCGCGAGAGAGAGCGGGACAGGGAGUACCCCUCCGCCGUCAUGGCCGAGCAUCGCGGCUUCACGCGCAGACCCGUCGCCAGGAAUUCGAACCUGCUGUCAGCAGUGCUGUGUCUGGUGAAGGAGCUGGACUACCCGGGACUGGAGGUCGCCGAGAUGGCCGUCAGAUGCCGCAUGGAUGAGCUGGCCAACAGCCAGUGACGCAGCGCCCGCGCCCCGCCCCCGCCCUAGUCACGUGUGCAGGCCCCGCCCACGCAGACUCCGCCCUCCACAGGCUCUGCCCACAACACAGCGACACAAUGCAAAUGAUGGUGCGAAGAUUGAGCGGCGAUCCUGUGUUUUCAUUGUUUAGUUUGCGUGUGUAUGUGACGGCCUCACACAUGCGUGUGUGUAUAGCACUCGUGUGAGUACCCGACAAGCGAACAAAUCAUUUACAUAAUAUCGAAAACAACGCCAUCUAGUUGUAAAAGUAGUGAACUGCGAAUUGCACAAAGUAUUCAUGUUAGGUUACACGAUUUUGUGAAAAUGUUUAAAAUUGAUUCUAGCAUUUCGUAUGGAGGCUGAUGUAAUACUCAAUUUGUAUAUUUUUAUAUUGAAAUAAAAUUCAUCAUCUACUUGUGAUGUCGACUGUACGCGGCGCGGUCCGAAUAGAAUUAUUGUUUGUACAUAUUAUUGUUAUUUUGUUCUGACUGUACGUCGCGAGGGGUUUUGUACGUAAAUGUAUGUAUUGUCAAAUGUACUGUGUGUACUGCGAGGGCAACUGGCUGUGUAGCUCAUCAGGCUUGUGUGAGUGUAUGUGUGUGAGUGUGUGUGUGAGUGUGUGUGAGGGCAGCGAGCGAGAAUACUUCACAGUUGCUGUGCAUGUGCUUUAGAAAUAAAGUCAACUGUGACUGAUGUUCCGACGUUGGCUUAGUGUGUGUAUAUGAGUAUGCGUGAGUACAUGGCGCGCAACGACGAGCAGUAAUUAUUUUGUUGCCUUGUGAAUGAAUGAAUGAAUGUAUGUAUGUAUGUGUGUGUGUAUGGCGGGGCCUGUGUACGUGAGGUGCGGCGGUGUGCGUGAGGCGUGACGUCACACGACUCGCCG